UUGUCUUUCCAUCUUAAGAAAAUCCAGAUCCAGAACGUGCGAGCACUUACCACUCUUUGAUUAUCAACACUUCAAAGGAGAUGAUGUGUUUCAGUGAUUUCCCCAUUCCUGCCCACUUCCCAAACUACAUGCACCACUCCCUCAUCAUGGACUACUUCCACAUGUACGCUGACCACUUCCAGCUCAAACGGCACAUCCGCUUCCACUUCCAUGUUACACCAAGGCCAGACUUCCCUCACUCUGGACAGUGGGAUGUAGAGACAGAGUCCAAAGAUGGUCGGAGAGAGAAGCAGGUGUUUGAUGCUGUGAUGAUCUGCACCGGACACCACUGUCACCCUCAUCUCCCUCUACAGGACUUUCCAGGUUUAUCUGAGCACCCGAAGGGGAUCUUGGAUAUUGAAUCGUGUAGGAAACAAAGGCUUUCCAGCAGAUAUGAUGUUUAAAAAAAGAGCACUAUGGUUUCUUCAAUUGUUGUCUGUUGGAUUUCUUAACAAAUGGAAAGAACAACAGCUCAAUAAACGGUUCAACCACAAGCUCUAUGGGCUGCAGCCUGCACACAGAAUCUUCAGUCAACAUCCCACGGUCAAUGAUGACUUACCAAACCGCAUUCUGUCUGGUACCGUCUCAGUCAAGACAAAUGUUAAAGAGUUUCGUGGGUCAAGUGUGGUGUUUGAGGAUGGCACUGUUGAAGAUGACAUUGAUCUGGUGGUGUUUGCCACAGGCUACACUUUCUCAUUCCCCUUCCUGCCUUCACAUUUAAUUCCUGUCUCAAAGAACAAGGUAUCCCUGUACAAAUACGUAUAUCCCCCAGGAUUGGAGUGCCAAACUUUAGCCGUGAUUGGUCUGAUCCAGCCUCUGGGAGCCAUUAUGCCCAUCUCUGAGAUGCAAGCGCGAUGGGCCACACGUGUUUUUAAAGGACUGUGCAAACUUCCUCCAAUGACUGCAAUGUUGAAGGAAAUUAAAGCAAAAGAGGAAGCAAUAGCUAAAAGGUAUGUGGCUGCCCAGAGACACACCAUCCAGGUCGACUACCUCCCCUACAUGGAUGAGUUGGCUAAACAAGUCGGUGUCUGUCCUCCUAUCCUGAAGCUGCUCCUGACAGACCCUAGACUGGCUCUGAACAUCAUCUUUGGGCCCUGCACCCCGUACCAGUUUCGGUUGUACGGACCGGGACAAUGGGACGGUGCACGUCAGGCCAUCCUGACUCAGCGGGAUCGAAUCACUGAGCCCCUGAAAACACGCUGUACACCAGAGCCGCAGUCACAGCGCUCCUCUCAUUCACUCAUAUUCUCAGUGUCUGUUGCAGCGCUGCUGUCCGCUCUGUAUUACAGCAGAGCCAGUCUGCAUGCACUCAUAGCAGACCCUUCAUCACUCCUGGACAAGAUCAGGGCUUUUGUACCAUUGCCACUGACCACACAUUAAUUUUUUUUUUGUAUGUAAUUACAUUUUAAUUGUAUAAUUGUGUGGUUUUAAUUCACUAGCAAACUUUUUCAUUGUGCUUUAUUUUAAUUAUGCAUCACUUUCAGCUGCUGCAGUUGUAAGCAUGUCUCAUUAGCAUGUUCAUUUACUUUAAUAUUUAGCGUUAAUGGUAGUGGCUGAUUAAUUUGUGGUGCAAAUUAAAUCUUAAAAUGAUAUUUUUCAAAA